AUGGGCCUGGUGCAGCGACUGUUUGACCUCGCCAUUGGUCAAAAUGUCCUCAUGGAGCUGCCUCUAGCGGCAAAAUGGAGGACAUCCAUGUACACUGAUGACGUGACAAUCUUAAAAAGCCCAAAAAAGGACAUGGAGGUCGUAAAAAUUAUUCUUGGAGCCUUUGGUAAGGCGUUGGGCCUGCGCAUAAACAUGGACAAAAGCUCCAUCCAUCCGAUCAGAUGUGAAAACAUUGACCUUGAUCAUGUGCUCUUGACUUUCUUAGGAACUAGGGGCACAUUCCACUGCCGAUAUCUUGGACUACAGCUGCACACCAUGCCUCUCCAAAAGGUCCAUGUGCAGCCUCACAUAGAAUGCUUCGGCCAAAGACUCCUAGUCUAG